GCGGUGGUCGCGACUUGCUGGCAGUCUCGUUGAUCCGGCUGCGAGCAGUGCGCGCCGUGACGUGACAAUGGCGGCAGUCGUAAUUGCGGUACGGUGCGUUACUGUGAUCAGCUGAUUGACCGAGCCCGAGAGAGAAAGAGGGAGCGAGAUAAAAGAAGCGCGCGGGCGUUCCGAAAAAGGAAGAAGCUGAAAGAGAGGACCCUCGCCUCGCAAGAUCGCCUCGCGCUGGCCAUGUCGUCGCUCUCGUGAUCAGCUCGUAGGUGGUGUGCUCCUAGUUUCCUCGCGUAGUAUAUGAAUUAUACAGUGUGUUCCCUCGCCGCCCCCGCGGCGGCUCCGUAAUUCCCUCCGCCGUCGCCACGCGUGUACCAUCCGUUCUCGGUGUGUUGUGUCUGUGUGGCACGUAUGCGAGGGGUUCGCACGAUCGGUAGAUAAAUGUCUCUCAGCCAUGCCCGCCGUGCGGAAGUACCGAAGGGAUACCAGCGAGGUGAGCUGCUGCCUCAAGUACGUGAUCUUUGGAUUUAACGUCAUGUUCUGGUGGCUCGGUCUGGGCAUCAUGGCGGUGGGCGUCUGGGCAUGGACCGAAAAGGACACCUUCAACAACCUGUCCCGCCUCACGAACGUCGCACUCGAUCCAGCAUUUAUCCUCAUUCUAGUCGGUACAGUGACAUUUAUCAUCGGUUUCACGGGAUGCGUCGGCGCGCUGCGGGAGAACACAUGCCUCCUCGCUGCGUACGCGAUAUUUCUGGCGCUACUACUGCUAAUGGAAAUGACUGCCGGUGUCUUAGGAUUCAUCUUCAAAGAUUGGAUAAAGUCACAAGCUACAGGGGGCUUCCAAGCGUUUAUCAUCCACUAUCGGGAGGAUCCUGAUCAGCAGAAUCUCAUCGACUGGAUCCAAGAAGACUGGUUGCAAUGUUGCGGCAUCGAGGGCCCAAAGGAUUGGGACCGCAACAAUUAUUUCAAUUGUUCGUCGAGCGACAUCGGCUCGAGGGAAGCGUGCGGCGUGCCUUUUAGCUGUUGCAAGCGAAAACCUAAUGAAAUUAUUAAAAAUAAACAAUGCGGCUAUGAUGUUAGAAAGCCUAGUUAUACGGGAGAGAGGAGUAUAUUCGAGCGGGGUUGCCUAAGAGCGGGCGAGGAGUGGCUAGAAUUGAACCUCGUACCCGUCGCUGGCACCGUCGUCAGCACCAUGGUUCUGCAGAACUUUGAGGUUGCCAAAGUGAUUUACGAAAAAGGUUGCAUACAGGCCGGCGAAGAGUGGAUGGAGCGUAAUCUCCUCGCGAUUGCCAGCGGUGUAGUUGGUACGGCAUUCGCUCAGAUUUUGGGAAUCUGCUUCGCGCAAAACUUGCGCGCGGAUAUAUUCGCGCAAAAGGCGAAGUGGCAUUGACAAUCGCGUGCCCCCACGGCAGUCUAGCAUCUUGUAUUUAUAGAUGCUAACCGGCUACGUUGAUCGAAUUAUAUAAGGUCUCGACGCGGACUCCGGAGCUUCGACGAGCGGACCAAUUGAAUCUUCCUUUAAAUGAAGAGAAAACAUGAAUCCCUUCGAAGGGGAUUUUCACGAUCGAGGCAAAAAAAAUAUCGUCAGACGAGUUGAUGCCGAUAUGCCCGUUAUCUUUACGAUUCGUCGACGAUAAUCAAAUUCGCCGAUAGCGUUACAUUCGUGCCGCUCAAAUCCUUCGACUUGUAAAUAUCCGAGAAACUUCGCAAUUGCACGCGACGAUCCCCGUCCUACUCUUUCGAUACCGUCCAAUCGAUUAACGCCUUGAUUAUAUCGGAUAAUGAGAGAAAUUGAUUGUUUUCCAAGUUCAUUCUUAUCCGCCGCGCCUUAAUUAAUUUUGUUCUUAGAUGGAUUUCUUAUCGUAAAUAGAGUGAGAGCAAUCUUCGAAAGUAAUGACAAAUUUUGUAAAUACACUCACAGGCGUUAUUUAUGGCAUUGUGUAGAAUUUCAUUUUAUUACUUUAUAACAAGAUUAAAACAGAUGUAAUUUCUUAUUUGUUCUAAUAUACGUAAGAUAAGAUGAGGAUUAACUAUUUAUCCAUGAUGUAAUUCCAUCAUACAGAAUAAAAAAAAAUUAAUAUUUUAUUGAUAUCGCAUUUAAAUCGGUGAUAUAUAUUUGAUUUAAAAGUAGGUUUGCUUAAAACUUUAAUAAAUUAUAUAAUCUGAAUAAAAUUUUUAUCUUGUCGCGUGCGCAUUUCUAUUAAUUAAAAUUAAUUUCUCUCACUAUCAGACAAGUCGGCGAGAGGACGAUAGCUGUUGCGACGCGAAUGUCCAGCAGCGAAGUUUUUCGACGCGAGAGCAUCGCAUGAUAUCGUCACGAAACGUCCAAAGUAACGUUUGUCUUCAUCACCGAAGCGGAACGUCUCGAUAUUUCAUCUCGACGUUGCUGCCUGCGAAACGUAUCUACUUCUUUGCGAGAAAUCGCGCACCGAAAUAUUUCGCUUAAGAAUUGCGAAAGACAGGCAUCUGGUUUCAAAUCUUAUAUGAAUCAGCACUCAAAUCUAGAACCUUUUUAUAUUUAUGAGAUAAUUCGCUCUUUUACACUGAGCCAUGCAAAUCUGUAAAAAGUGCGCCAGAUAAACCAAAAAAAAAUUCAGAUUUUCUUGUAUAAAAUUUUGUACAAGAGUAUAAUAUGUUUUUUUGCUAUAUUUUUAACAAUCAAAAAUUUUUGAAAUAUAUAUAUUAUAUAUAUAAUAUCAAUUUGAAAUAUAAGUGUCUUAAGUAACAAGAGCAUAACAAGGAUGAAUUAUGAUUUGAUUGUACAAAAUGGAUAUCCUCGAAUCGAAAAACGACUUGUUCUAUAGAAUAUCCACCUCUCAACUCGAGUCAACAAGCAAUCACAAGUGACACUUAAAACGGCGCGAACUCGAUUCCACUGAGAAUCGAUACUCCUAGAACAAACAAUAAGAUCUCAUCCUGUGCCUGGUACUUGCAAUUCGAUUUCUCUCGAGAUGUCUCGGGGCCGAUUACAUCAACAUCGAUUAUCGUCGUUUAAUCGCGGUUAACUACAUUCUCGCUCUCCACCUAUAACAACCUAUAAAGUUGGAGGAUCGCAGUUUAAAGAGGGACAAAAAGAAUUUUAUUAACCAAAGUUAAUUAAUUGAAUCUAUCGAUGUAGUUAACUGUCAGAUCUGAUUCUAUCAACAUCAGCCGUCACUAAUUGUGGUUCAAUCAAUUAUUUUCCAAUGAGACUCAACCGUACUAACAAUUGUAAAAAGUAUAAUACAUACAAGGAAACGAACAUCCUGGUAGAGUUAAUCGAUAGAUGCAAUCGACCCUUAAUGCGACUCGCGACUCGGGAUCGCUCGACCGUGGCAAGAUUCGAAGGACACGGUCGAUUGCGGAAUUCCGCUCGGAGACGGAAGAAGUCGAUACGUUUCGCGCGUUUAUAUAUGGAAAAAACCGGCAAACAGGUCCCUCGUCAGGUCCGCAAACUACAAUGUGUCGAACCAUUAAAGUCGAUCGACGUAACGUCGUCGUGGGGGCGCGGUGAACGAGAGAAGUCGACUUCACCGCACAACACUGAACCAACAACUUUCCGCCGUGAUGGGGAAGAACGGCAGCCAUAGAACACGCACGAGUGUACAAUAACUUUCCCUUGUUCCAAACGCUCUCAUUAAAAUGAUGAAUCCAUCGUACCAUUUCGGGCAUAUUGAUCCUACACACUGGCACAUUCCAUCCCUCCAUCAUCGGCGGGCCAGCUGUCCGUCGUACACCGUGUCUAUCGCACGCACGUCAGAAAACACGUCAUUCAAAAGCCUCCUCGACCCUUCGAUCUACCCUAUAAUCGCCGCUAUUUAUCGCUAUGGUAACUGAAAAUGAGCACAAUGACGAGUUUGUGAAUUUCAAUGUACUAAUGUCAUGCUUUACGUUUCAUUAUAAAAUUUAUAUUUGAAUAAAACUAAAAAAGAGAAGAAUUUAAUCGUAAUGUCACAUUUACGUUUCCUUUGCUAAAAAUUCUGAAAAUUACAUGUGACAAAUUUUAACGUCACAAUUUUAUUUGUGCAAAUAAACGCAGUUAUUAAUUGUGAUAAUCAUUUAAUUUGUUUAUAUUCAUCUGGAAUUCUUUGCGAGAAAAAUAAUAUCAAAGAGAUUUUGACAUGUGUUGCUGAAGGGUCGAUGAUAAAUAUGAGCGGAGCGCAUUUUAUACCAUGUAUUAAAUUGCACAUGCAGUUGAAUGAAUUAUGUGCUUUACGUGGAUUACGUGCGAGUAGACGUGGAUGACGUAACGUGCUAACUUGGGCUGUUAAUAUUUAUAAAUCUUGUGUGCUAGGAUAUACACGACGGUUCCUUACAUAUUAAUUUAUGCUCGAACUUAAUAUCAACGGUGCAAAAAUUCGCAGAUAUAAUUGAGAAAAUAUUACGAAAUUUUCCCGAAACUACGGAAAUUUAUUUCGUGAAUAAAAAAGACUAAAAAUUAAAUUUUUCCAAAAAUUUAUAGUUAGAUCGUAAAAAAUUUUAUCGCGGCUGGCCCGCAAAAUUGAUUAACUUACAAUAUCCAUCAACGAUUCUUACGAGUAUAAAAUAUAACUUUUACAUGUCUCAUUGAAAAAAAUACAAUUAUCUUGAAUAAAAAUAUUAAUGAAAAAGGACAAAAAAGCGCAAUUGCUCAAUUUUCAAAUUUUGCAAAAUGCAUAUUGAAUCAAAAAGCAAGAGUCUAAAUGCCACAAUGCGUUUUCUCUAAUCGAUUUACGUGCCAAUUGAUUACAUGAUAUAACCUGUUGCUAAACGGUUCGAGCAUGAAUGCGAAAUACGUCGUACAUAUAUCCUUCUUUUAAGACAUUUCUACAGAAUUCCCUGUAAAUCUCAUCAUGUUAGAUAAUCGAAUAUAUCGAUACAAUUAACAAGAAAUAUCCGUUGAAAAAAUGCCGUUGUUAUUUUACAUACGAAACUCGCUGUACGAAUUAUUGUCGACUCACCCUAGGAACACCUCUAUCAUAAGUACACGAUGUUAAUCCGUGAUGUUAAUUAGUCAUACUUCGUUUCGCCGUAUAAAGGAAUUAAGUUAACCGACGAUUGUAAUUUCUCACGAGCCAUUGAAUGUGAAAACGCGGGUUUAGCAAAGCGGCUGUGCUAUUUAAGACGAAUAAUGCUCUUUUCAUAGAUAGUUGUUUUUAAUGUUGUCCCCCUAUCUGUCUCUCUCAUGUGUUCUACGAUGAUGGCAUGAGCGGCGAAUGCUUACAUAUGCGCGCGACAGUUGUAUGUAUAUACAAGAUCUGUAAUGAUCUAUUUUAUCGAGAUUAAAAUAUAGAAAAAAAAUAUCACAUAUUUCCUAGUAAAAUAAGAAUGACUGUUUUAGAAAAAUAUGUUUUAAUAUACGUAACACAUACGUGUACGCAAAGUGUAUGUCAUGAUUUCUAUAUUUUAUUCAUAAGUGCGCGAUGAGCACAGAUACGUCUAGAUUACGUCUAAUACAAAAUCGUCGAAACAAUUUGCUAAACCCGACAUUCCCCCGGUUCGUGCAUCGUUCUAUUAAUUUGAUUUGUUAACCUGAUCCGAUAUCCUCAUCGAGAAGGCAAUCUCGCCAAAGAAUAUACGGAUCACGUAACACAAAUUAAAACCAGGUUCGAUUGAAAAGUAUAUUGUAUAAUACGUUAAGCGCGUUAAAAAAAAAAAGUUAGUUAACGCGUAAGUUAACUCGUUUUAUUUCUCUUCGCGAGAUUUUCAAUUUUCCACCUUAAAUUUAUUCAAGUAACGGAUAAGUAUGUUGAUCAUCAUGCUUCUCCGUUUCGUAUCAUACGAUCGUUAAAAUAUCAGUUGCUUAGAUUCAUAAGGCGUCAAAUUUUACCGUAAGAUCGAGCCAGUAAUUUCUGGUUAAGUGUUUAAUAUUUAAUUUAAUUGCGAGAAAUCUAUGCUGCAACCGUCCUUCGGAUACAAAAUUCAAUUUAAGAUCAAUUUUAUUUUAAAAACGCAAUAUUAUAGUCUGCCAUACCUCGCGUCGCACUUUUAUAAUUCCAUAAAUCAAUCACCUAUAAUUAGCAAUCUCUACUGGAUUAUAUUUGAACGAAUUAACGAUUUAUAUUCUCUGUACGUACGAUUUAUUAUAUCUUUGUAAUCUCAUAAAUGUU